AUCGCAGCUCACCAAAUUGGGGACAUUGGACACAAUCUCAGCCUCUCAUCGGCCUACACCGGCCUUGCAGAGAGAUAUCUGGCACUCGUUUGACUGACGGUCAUGUCCCCUUUUCUGAUUCGACGACAACAGACCGAGGACGGAGCAUCGCCUAAUGAUCCUUCCAGUCCCCCGACACCCCAUUCAUACUGGUUUCCACUUUCUCUCAUUGUGCUGGCUUGUGCUGGCUAUAUUUAUUGGCGUAGAAGACGGCGAUACGAUGGCGACUUUAGUCUGAAGAGUCUAGCGAAACUUCCUUCCCCAAGCGGCGUCAGGCUUUCCAUGGAGGAUGAUGGACCAGCUUCACAUAGUUUUGUCACCAACAAUGCAUCGACAGAUUCUUUACCCACGCACGCAUUGGAAGAUAUACCCGUCAUCGAUAAUCCACCCCAAGAUCCUUCCCCUGUCCAUCCGGCUCACCAAGUGUCGUCGUCGCCUCCCCUGGGAUCAGUCUUUCCUCAGGCUCGACUGACGAAGAGCAGUGGUGGUGGUGGUGGUGGUGGUGGUGGUGGUGGUGGUGGUGGUGGUGGUGGUGGUGGUGGUGGUGGUAGAGGAAGGAGGUCUGCGCGGAAUAGAGGACCGAUCGAAUUGGACGAUAGCGAUAGUUCGCUGAGCGGUGAAGGUGCCACACAUGCUACGUUUGGUAUUGGUGAUGAAGAGGAAGAGGAAGAGGAAGUAGCUCGAGAACAUCCAUUGGCAUUGUGACGUUAGACGUAGCACCAAAUCAU